AUGGACGCGAAGCAAGAAAGAGCGCAGGUUGUUAAAUAUAUACUCAGAAGUGGCUGUAAAAACUACCUUUAUGAGUAUCUGCUCCAGCGAAAGGAGCAAGCCUCCUUUACAAAAGACAUUCAACUCAAAUAUGAUGGCUACUUAGUUAAACUAUUUAAUUUCAAGAAUGACUGUAAGCUCAGAAAGAAUGCAAAGAUCGCCUUGGAUGCGUUUGAAGAGCAUCUUCUGGUUGCUCUUAUGAUGAUCUUCUGGUUCAGACUUUAUCCAGCAAGAGCAUCUUCUGGUUGUUCUUAUGGAAAAAAAGACUCUAGAUGUGAAAAGUUAAAAGAAGAAGAAACUGCUAUUCAAACUGCCUCAUUAGGACACCUCAACAUAUGCAGAAAAACACUUACUCAUUAUGCAUAUGCACAGAAAGUAUUAACCGAAGGUGUUAAAUUACAAACUCCCCAAAAGCGAGAAAAUGAGACUGAAGGAAUUGAAUUGUCAAGUAAAAAG